CUCGGUCGGCGCCCAGGAUGACGAAGAAGAGAAGGAACAAUGGCCGUGCCAAGAAGGGCCGCGGCCACGUGCAGCCCACCCGCUGCACCAACUGCGCCCGCUGUGUGCCCAAGGACAAGGCCAUUAAGAAGUUCGUUAUUCGGGACAUCGCGGAGGCCGCCGCCGUCAGGGGCAUUGCCGAAGCGAGUGUCUUCGACGCUUACGUGCUUCAGCUGUACGUGAAGCUCCAUCACUGCGUGAGUUGUGCCAUUCACAGCAAGGUAGUCCGGAAUCGCUCUCGUGAAGCGCGGAAGGACCGAACACCCCCGCCCCGAUUUAGACCCGCGGGAGCCGCCCCACGACCUCCACCGAAGCCCAUGUAAGCAGCUGAGUCCUUAACGACUGAAGAAAAAGUGUUCUCCGGGAAAAAAAUAAAUGGCGAUUAUACUU